GAAUUUACCACAUGUUAACUGUCAUUUGUCAUUUCAGUUUGUCGUUUGUGUUUGCCAAUUUUGCCAUUUUAUACGUGUUUUGAUGGUGUUUUGUUGGCUUUAAUUUGUUCCUGGAUGUUUUUAUGCUUCUUGAAUUGAACGGCGUGACUUUAACAAUCGCAAACAUGGCUAAAGAAUCGGAAACAAUUUUAGAAAAUAACGAAACUGUUGAAAUGUCUGAAUCCAAAGAAACUAUGGAUGUAAAAGAUGUAGAAGGAAAAACUAACAAUAGCGCGAAAAGACCACAUGAAGGCACAAAUUCACUUCUAGACUGUGAUAGUCCCGCUCCUUGCACGCUUCUAGACCAGCACAAAGAGGUAUCUGAGAUCGUCAACGGGCGCAACCCCAUUUCAAUCCUUAACGAGCUGUUUACCGCGCCCUCUAGCCUACGCUACGAACUACUGGAGGCGCAGGGCCCUGACCACAGCCCCACCUUCAUCACCUUGCUCAAGAUCAAGGACCACGAGGAGGAAUUCAAGGGUUCGGGGCCCUCAAAGCGUAUCGCCAAGUCCAGGGCUGCCCUGGGGGCGCUGCUCUACAUGUUCGAGAGGUCUAGGAAGGUCGGCGAUUUGAGCGUGGUAAAGAGCGAGGCUGUCUCGAAGCAGGUGCGGAAGAUUCUGGACGUGGAGGAGAGUCGGACGAUUGAUGGUAGAGGCGACGAGAAGACAUCCGAGAAGCCGGCGAAGAAGAAGAGGACCGAAAUCGAUAUCACCGAAAAAAAUCCGGUGUCCAUCUUGAACGAGCUGCGCGUCGGCCUCAAGUACGAAGUGGAGGCCGUGUCCGGUCCCCCGCACCAUCCCGUCUUCAACGUGCGCGUCGAAGUCGACGGUCAGACGUACCACGGCAGCGGCCAGUCCAAGAAGAUCGCCAGGGCCAAAGCCGCGGAGCAGGUGUUGCAAUCGUUUAUACAGUUUCCGACUAACGGCAUUAUAUUGAAGACCAGCGCGCCCAAGCAGGAUGGAGAUUUUACCAGCGACAAGGUUGCUGAAAUUAAGAAGAGCGGAGUGCCAGUUAUAGGUUCGAGAGAUAAGAACCCAGUAAUGUUGCUCAACGAGCUCUACCCCAACGUGGCGUAUAGCUUCACAAACAAUGACACGGAUGUGGUAAACAGAUUCAGGGCUGUUAUUACUAUUAAAGGCGAAGAGUUUAUUGGCACAGGAUCUAGUAAGAAAAAUGCGAAAAGUGCCGCAGCCAAGUUAGCUCUCGCUAAAUUAAUCAACUACACACCGUCAGUUUAUCUGAACAACAAAAGUUCGGAAUACGGUUUAGUAACCAAGGACAAAUUAUUGAUGGCAGAUGGCAUUGGCAGGAUGGUAAACGAGAAGUUCAUGGAAGUGAUGGCUGGCGACAUCCAACAUUCGCGUAGGAAGGUGCUAGCCGGCAUAGUGAUGACCAGAGGUCCGACGUUGGACGACGCCGAGAUCAUUUGCGUCACCACAGGCACCAAGUGUGUCUCGGGCGGCCACAUAUGCCUUAAUGGGUCUACUUUGAACGAUAUGCAUGCAGAGAUCAUCGCCAGGCGUUGUCUGGUCAACUUCUUUUACGACCAACUGGAAAUAUUAGUCAAUCCAGAGACGGCGUCACAAUCAAUAUUCACGAAGCGACAGAACGGCAACGGCUACAAGUUACUCCCCGGUAUCGAGUUUCAUCUGUACAUCAACACGGCCCCUUGCGGCGACGCGAGGAUAUUCAGCCCCCACGAGGAUCAGCCGCACACAGACAGGCAUCCCAAUCGCAUUUCCAGGGGCCAGUUGCGUACCAAAAUCGAGUCUGGCGAGGGUACCAUUCCCAUCAAAGGUUCUUCCAUACAAACUUGGGACGGCAUUAUUCAGGGCGAAAGACUCUUAACAAUGUCGUGUUCAGACAAAAUUUGUAAGUGGAACGUUUUGGGUGUACAAGGAGCCUUGCUGUCCCACUUCAUAGAGCCCAUCUACCUCAAGAGUAUAGUUUUAGGAAGCUUAAUGAAAGAACAACACCUGUACAGAGCGAUAUGCGGCCGCAUAGAGCAAACGUUGCAGGGCCUGCCCCCGCCGUUUCAGCUAAACCGGCCCGAGAUGCUGCGCGUCAGCUCGGUGGAGGUGCGCCAGGCGCAGAAGGCGCCCAACUUCGCGGUGAUCUGGUCGCGGGGCAUGCAACUGCCCGAAGUGGUGAUGACGGACAAGGGGAGGCCCGAGGGCGGCGCCAAGUUGUCGCUGGUGUGCAAGCAGAACCUGGCCAAGAGGUUCGCCUGGUUGCAGGAGUGGCUGUCGCCGAUCGGCGGCAGGAGGAUCACGGCCAUGACGUAUGCAGACGCAAAGGAGUCGAUAAAAACAUAUGUGGUAGCAAGACAGGCUUUGUAUGAUGCCUUUAAGAAAGCACAACUAGGAGUGUGGGUUACCAAGCCUAUGGAACAAGACAUGUUCGAGCUUGCCGCACCUAUUGAUCAACAAUUCUAACUGCAAGACGAGACAGAUUCUAACCUAAAAUGUUUUAACUUUUUUCUAAUUACCGUUAAGAUCUCUCAUCGCUGUAUAAAGCUUGGAAUAGUUUAUUUCUCCAUAAUUCGAGAAGCAGUACAAAUUAGUGUCAUCUAUUUCCUGCCAUCGCUCAUGAGAGUUUCUUUUUUAAUGUAAAUUUUGUUUAUAUGUCGGAUCAUAAUGUGUAAAAAUAAAAGCUCGGGACAUUUAUAAACUUUGCACUGCUUGGAUGAAUGCCAUUGUAUAACAGUGAAAAUUUAUAAUGUCUUUGUUGUAUAAUUUAUUUCAGUUUUAACAAACUCGAUUAUUUUUUUAAGCACUUUUAUUAGAAUAUAGCUAGGUGAUUUUUAUAGAGCUCAGUAUCGUUUGUGUAUUUUGUGUUGAAAUACUAUAUUUGCUCUAUUGAGUAGUUAAUAAUUUUGUGAUUAAUAAAAUUAUGAGAAUAGGUA